AUGAGGAGUGAGAACCACAGCAGCAUGUCUGAGUUCCUCCUCCUGGGGCUCCCCAUCCGGCCAGAGCAGCAGGGAGUGAUCUUUGCCCUGUUCCUGGGCAUGUACCUGACCACGGUGCUGGGGAACCUGCUCAUCAUCCUGCUCAUCAGGCUGGACUCCCGCCUCCACACCCCCAUGUACUUCCUCCUCAGCCACUUGGCCUUCACUGACAUCUCCUUCUCGUCGGUCACUGUGCCAAAGAUGUUAAUGAGCAUGCAAACUCGGGACCAAUCCAUCCCCUAUGCAGGAUGUAUAGCACAGUUGUACUUUUUCAUUUUUUUCACUGAUCUGGACAAUUUCCUUCUCACUGCAAUGGCAUAUGACCGGUAUGUGGCCAUCUGUCACCCUCUCCACUACAGCACCAUCAUGAGAGAGGGGCUGUGUACCUUGCUAGUGGCUGUGUCCUGGAUCCUGUCUUGUGCUAGUGCCCUGUCUCACACCCUCCUCCUGGCCCAGCUGUCCUUUUGUGCUGACAACAUCAUCCCCCAUUUUUUCUGUGACCUCGCUGCUCUGCUCCAGCUCUCCUGCUCGGACACCUCCCUCAACAAGCUGGUUAUUUUCACAGUAGGGGUGGCGGUCAUUACUCUGCCACUCAUAUGCAUCUUGAUUUCUUAUGGCUGCAUUGGGGCCACCAUCCUGAAAGUUCCAUCGACGAAAGGGAUCUGCAAAGCCUUGUCCACUUGUGGCUCCCACCUCUCUGUGGUGUCUCUGUAUUAUGGCACAAUUAUUGGACUUUAUUUUUUCCCCUCAUCCAGAGCCUCCAGUGACAAGGGCACAGUUGCCUCUGUGAUGUACACAGUAGUCACCCCGUUGCUGAAUCCCUUCAUUUACAGCUUAAGGAACAGGGACAUAAAGGGGGCUCUGGAGAAACUCUUCAAUAAGGCAACAGUCUCAUCUCAGUGA